AUAGGCAUACACCAGCUCUAUUAGCAUUUGGUAGCAAUGACCAGGGAGGAUGUUGCUUCCAUGUUUGCCGUUGCUCUCUUCAUCGGAGCAUUCGCUUCUGUUCCUACAAGUGUGGAAUCCAUCGGCGUGUGCUACGGCGUGAUCGCCAACAACCUCCCGCCGGCGAACGAGGUGGUGCAGUUCUACAGGUCCAAUGGCAUCACCGGCAUGCGCAUCUACUUCGCCGACGCCAAGGCCCUCUCCGCGCUCCGCAACUCCGGCAUCAGCCUCAUCCUCGACGUCGGCAACGACCAGCUAGCCAGCCUCGCUGCGAGCACAUCCAACGCGGCGUCCUGGGUGCAGAGAAACGUCCGGCCAUACUACCCGGCCGUGAACAUCAAGUACAUCGCCGCCGGCAACGAGGUGCAGGGCGGCGCCACGCAGAGCGUCGUGCCGGCCAUGCGCAACCUCAACGCGGCCCUCUCGGCCGCUGGGCUCGGCGCCAUCAAGGUGUCGACCUCCAUCCGGUUCGACGAGGUGGACAAGUCCUUCCCGCCCUCCGACGGCGUGUUCAAGAACGCCUACAUGAGGGACGUGGCCCGGCUCCUGGCGAGCACCGGCGCGCCGCUGCUGGCCAACGUCUACCCCUACUUCGCCUACAAGCGUGACCCGCAGAAUAUCAAGCUCAACUACGCGACCUUCCAGCCGGGCCCUACGGUGCGGGACGACAAGAACGGGCUGACCUACACGUGCCUGUUCGACGCCAUGGUGGACGCCGUGGUGGCGGCGCUGGAGAGGGCCGGCGCGCCGGGGGUGAGGGUGGUGGUGUCGGAGAGCGGGUGGCCGUCGAUGAGCGGGUUCGCGGCGACGGCGGACAACGCGAGGGCGUACAACCAGGGGCUGAUCGACCACGUCGGCGGGGGCACGCCCAAGAGGCGUGGCGCGCUGGAGACGUACAUCUUCGCCAUGUUCAAUGAGAACUUGAAGAGGGGGGAGCUCGUCGAGAAGCACUUCGGGCUGUUCAACCCGGACAAGUCGCCGGCGUACCCCAUCCGGUUCCAGUCUUAGUCUAGCUAGCUAGCUAGCUUACACGUACGUAGAUCUUUUUUUUUUUUUUUGCGGGCUACACGUACCUAGGUCUUCUUCAGCCUAAAUAAGCUGCACGUACGUAAUACGGCGGCAGCCAAGUGCAAGUGCAACGGCCAACGGGCAUACGUACGUACACAGGUUUGACACGUCACACGUAUACGUUCAUCGAUCCAUGGGAGAGUGAAACCCUGGUGGUGAUACAUCAUCUAUCAUGAUAUAUGAAUAAAGAUAUGGAAGCAGUUAUGAAUUUGUGAACCA